GAGCGGUUUGCGUUGGUGUGCGUGAGAUUAUGUGCCAUUUUUCGUCUGUUUCUGCGCUGGAUGACAGCAGCGAAAUUCUUUCCUUGUUCACGUCUUCAUCGCACUUUUGCCACGGUCUGCUCUGAUGUCGAACCAGUGUUUGUUCGGAACAAGCGAAGAGAAGAAGGUUGCGGAAUAAUCGUGUGUGCAUUUUGGUCGUGUCGUCGUUGCGUUUCUCGGGUGAAGAAAAUGGCCAUCGUUGGUGAAAAUUAUUAGGAAUCGAGGGAACAAUUCGCGAAUCGGGAGGAUUGGCGGCUGCUUCGAAACAAGUGAAUUUUGCUGUGAAUUGUGGGCGAAGGAUUGUUCUCGCCGAAGGAAGUGGACGUUUUUCCGGAACGGUGCCGGAUCGAGGCCAAUUUUUGUUCGGAAGUUUCCCUUUUUCGGUGUGUGAGAAUUUUGCCGAAUUUUUAUUCGGGAGGAAAAAGUUUCAUUUUCCUGAUCCGAGGGAUGGUGGAGUGAGCGAAAAAUACGGGAAACAGGAAGAAUUUUUCCGCUGUGGAGUGCAUUUUCUUGGAACGGAAUUUUCCGAUGGUUGCGAAGGCAACCGGGAGCGGUUCCGGUGCAGGAUUCCGAUCAAAGCUUGCUAGAUGGGAUUUUGUGUUGAUGAGAAACAUCAAAGAGUGACAAGAGCUAGAAGUGUCAAAAAUCGGGUUUGUUGUGCUCGAAGUGUGAAAUUGCAAAACAGAAGGGUUGAAAAUUUUCAGUGAUUGGGAAAGUUAUCCAGAGAAUCGUUCCUGUUCAUAUUUUUUCAAUUCUUGCCGUACAUGAGGUCAAUGUUUCGUUGUCGGCAAUGGUAAAGAAUUGAAAGUCUACGAUUUGUCAUUGCCAGCAUCAAAUCGUAUGAAAAAGGAAGUGAUUGUGUUUGUUAUGAACAACUGUGUUGGUUGAUUUGCUGAAAAUUACAACUUUUUGGAUGCCCCCUCCCCAAAUGGCAUCAUCGAAAAGUAACGAAAAGUGAUAUAUGGCCGAAUUGGAGAACUGCCAUCUCGUGAAGCACAAGGCAAGAUAAAUUAUGCAUCGGUGUUUGGUUAAACAACCGCAGUUUCAAGCAGCGAGUGUGUGAUAGUGUUGGAAUAAAUGCGCAAAAGUGGUUCCUCCUAGAGGUGGGAUUUGUUCCGGAGGUGAAGAGACAAUACCUGUAAAAGGGAAGGAAUCAAUCUUUCCGAAUUGUUCUUGUUGAAUGACGAUAUUCUAACUGAAGGGAAGUGGACUUCACGCCAUCGUCAUCAUGAUGCAGCCCAGUAACAAAAGAAACUCCAAACAUGUCCUUCGACGGCCGUCGGGAUGUCUCCGCUGGAUUACCAUCGGACUUCUGGCGCUCGCAAUGCUAGCAUCUUACGCAAACGCUGCGGCAGCUUCGUCAAGAAUCCUUCGGCAUACGAACAGCAAACGCAGCAGCAGUAGUAGUCCCAACGAUUAUAGCGAUUCGGCGACGGGGUCGUUAGUCAAGGAACAGCACCAUCGCCACCAACAACAGCAGCAGAUUAAUGGAAAAUAUUUAAACUCGAAUGAGAACGGUGGCUCCGAGGACAGUGCCGGGAUUGAAACUCCGGCCGGAGCGACACUAUUCUCGUCUUCGGCAUCAUCAUCAUUGUCAUCCUCGCUGUCAUCGCCGCAGUCGCAUAAUUCGCCGCAAACAUUGACGCUGACGGCGGAUAAAAAUAAAACAAAAUUAUUAAAAUGUCACUGUGACAUUUGCAAGGACCAGAACUACGUGUGCGAAACAGAUGGACUGUGCUUCACUUCCCUGUCGCUGGAGCAUGGCGUGUACAAGUACUCGUACAGAUGCAUCGAACGACGUAUCCUCAACCCACCGGACAAUCCCAUAUGGUGCCGGGAGAAAGCGGCUGGAUCCGAACCGAUGAAACCUACGGCGGCAGCACUGGUGUCACCAGUGGCCAGUCCUGUGACCACCAUCGGCACCUUGACCAGCACUGUAGCGGGGGUCCAUCCUCACCACACGAUGGCCUGUUGCGAUUCGAGUUUCUGUAAUCUGCAGAUUACCUUUCCGCACGUGAAACCGAUCGCUCCCGAGGUGGACAAGGUGGACAACGUGGUUUUCGUGAUAGUGCUCUUCGUGGGUGCCGGAGUGGCCAUGACGGCAGUCGUCGGGUUGAUGUUUGUCAUGUUUGUGAUGCGACGCCGGAAGCGAAACAGCGGAGCCCGGCAGAUCUUGCCGGAGGACUCGGUGUGCGGAGCGAGCUACCCGAUACUGAACGGACACACCACGAUACAGGACUUCAUCGAGAUGACCACUUCCGGAUCGGGUUCAGCCGGACUGCCGCUGUUGGUGCAGAGAUCGAUUGCCCGUCAGAUUCAGCUGGUCGAGGUCAUCGGCAAGGGUCGCUUCGGUGAGGUCUGGCGUGGCAAAUGGCGCGGCGAAAACGUGGCCGUCAAGAUUUUCUCCAGCCGCGAGGAGUGCUCCUGGUUCCGGGAGGCGGAAAUCUACCAGACGGUUAUGCUGCGACACGAGAACAUACUCGGAUUUAUUGCUGCCGAUAAUAAAGAUAAUGGCACGUGGACUCAGCUGUGGUUGGUGACGGAUUACCACGAGAAUGGAUCGUUGUUCGAUUUCCUCACUUCACGCAGCAUCGACACUAAGACGAUGGUCGAGAUGGCCUAUUCGAUUGCCACCGGUUUGGCCCACCUGCACAUGGAUAUCGUAGGCUCUCAGGGAAAACCAGCAAUUGCCCAUCGGGAUCUGAAAUCGAAGAACAUUUUGGUGAAAUCGAACCUCACGUGCUGCAUUGGAGAUCUGGGAUUGGCGGUGCGUCACAACGUGGCAACCGAUACGGUGGAUAUACCGUCCACACACCGAGUCGGAACGAAACGCUACAUGGCUCCGGAAGUGCUGGACGAGACGAUCAACGUGAACCAGUUUGACUCGUUCAAGCGGGCCGAUGUGUACGCAUUUGGAUUGGUCCUAUGGGAGAUUGCCCGGAGAUGUAAUGUGGGUGGCAUCUACGACGAGUAUCAGCUGCCUUUCUACGAUGUAGUACAGCCGGAUCCAACGAUCGAGGAGAUGAGAAAAGUUGUCUGCACCGAUCGGCAACGGCCGAGCAUACCGAACCGGUGGAUCGCGUCCGACACGCUCCAUUCGAUCUCCAAGGUGAUGAAGGAAUGCUGGUACCAGAAUCCGGCAGCCCGCCUAACCGCACUCAGGAUCAAGAAAACGCUGGCCAACAUUCGCUAGAGGUGGGCCACCCGGGGAGAUUCCUCGUCGUGGGUCUAAAAGCUAACUAUUUCUACUAUUGUAACAACAAUAAGAAACCAGAUGUACUAUUACUACUGCUACUACUACUACCACUACAUAAUGUACUACUGCAACGGCUUUUAGAUAAAAGGCGGAAGUUUGUGUGGGGAACUUCCCGAGGUGUGAACAACCAGAUGAACUCUCGAUUUAGGAAUUAACACAAACACAUACACAGUCGUACACUUUUUAUAGGCUACUAAGGAUGAUCUUUUAAAAGGAUUUGCACGAAUGAUGAUGGCUCUACAGGAGAUAGAGCCUUUAUUCGAGUUAAUGGGUGAGAGAGAUAGAAAGAAAGUGGAUGAGUGUGAUAAAAUCAUCUGGUUGCAUAAGUUUACAGUUUAUUGUAAAUGUAUGGAAGGGAACGUGGGUGGAUCUUUUGCAAGCCAAGAGAGAGCCACAAACCAGCUACAUAUAGGGUAACAAAAAAGGGGUAACGAAACUAGAAAGUAGACGUGAGAUGAUAAUCUGAUUAUUCGAGUCGAGGAGUGUAGUAGGUUAUAUAUAAGCCCAAAUGUUUGGGUCACCCUGUCCGUACGUACUAUCAAUCCAUGUUUUGUGGUUAGAUUUUAUUUCUAAUGUAAUCAUAGGAAAACUGGUUAACCGGAAAUAUGUUGAAUAUGAUUAAUUUUCUAUUGCGAAUGAUGCAGGCGAAGAUAGUAAUAUAUUAUUAUUUAUGUUUGUCAAACAUUAUUUAUCA